CGAGUGACUGCUGCUCGGUGUAGAAGGGAGAUCAACUCGACUGCAGUUCUUGUUGGAAAAAAUAUAAUUCCACUCGUGACGCGUGGUUUCCCGUGUUUUGUUUUUGGUGGCCUUUAGCUGGGUUACUGGGUUAAUUCCGCUGACUGUUACACAGCCGCUUUCGAAUAUCUUACGUUGAAGAAGAUGUUGGAGUCAAUUAAAGUUACAGAACAACUUCACUGGCCAGAGGUGGAUUUGUCUAAAAAGUCCAUCUUCAACUCUGCUGACAGGGUGGUGAGUCCAUCCCAGGUGUGCUUUGCAACCAUUCCUUCCCCUGUUCUCGAGGACCUCCUGCUGCAAGCCAAAGAGGAGGAGAAGAAGCAAAAGGAGAAGGAGUUCCAGUGCAGGAGGCCGAAGUCUUCGAUGAAAGGUGGGCUGGAGCUUAGCAAAAGAAACCGCGUGAUCCUGGCUCAGAAACGGACCCGUAGUCCAGAUGGGGAUGAGAAGCCCGUCCAGACAAACUGUGUCCACUCAGACAGCAACUGCAAUCUUCUGAAGCCGACUCUGAGCCUCACAGUGGUGGGUUGCAAGAUGGGACUGACCCCCCGCACAGUUUCACUGCUCAGGAAAACCCCCAGCUUUAACGCCUAUCGUCCUGCGCUCUCAUCCCCCUACAAUGCAACCGCCUCCCGGGAGGCGGAAAACACCAAGAAGCUCUGCGUCUUCACCGCCAUCAAGCCGUGCAAUGUUGACAGAGAGAAGGACAAGUUCUUCAAGUCUGAUUUCAGCUACAACCCCCAGUUUGAGUACAGCAACCCUGUCUCUGCAGGUUUCCUGGCGCGCUAUAAUCAUGCCUCCAAUCAGUUCUUAGCUCAGGCAGUGAACAUCAUGGAGCUGGCCUUGAAGAGAUACGGCAGCUAUGAGAUAUUUGAGCAAGUCACCGGUGGGAACCUGCUUCCCAGGAGUCGAAUCUGGAUCAACGUGAAGAGAUACAUGGAGAAGGAAGGCUGUGUGGGCGAGAUUGUAGUCCAGGUGACAGAUGACUUGCUGUCCAGAGCCUCGAUGACGAUGGUGAACGGUCAGCCCACUAUGACCAUCAACACGUCCAGCGCGCGGGAGCACUGGCUGGAGGGCAUGUUGAGGCAUGAGAUCGGCACUCAUUACUUCCGAGGCCUCAACAACUGCCAGCAGCCGUGGGGCAGCAGCACGGGGAGGAGGAAGCACAACCUGAAGCCUCUGAACCCAACAGAGGAGGGCCUGGCCAGCAUCCACAGCGUUCUGUUUAGGAAGGACCCCACUCUGUGGCGCGCCGCGCUGCUCUAUUAUACCGUCUAUCAGGCCAGACACACGUCCUUCACUCAGCUCUUCCGCAACCUGGGACGCUUUGUUCAGGACCCACACACACGCUGGGACUACUGCGUCCGUGCCAAGAGAGGCCAGACCAACACAGCCCAGCCAGGAUGCUUCAGUAAAGACCAGGUUUAUCUGGAGGGCAUACUGCAGAUCCUGAGAUACAGAGACAAGAUUAACUUCCCAAUGCUGAUGGCUCUGGGAAAGGUGUCAUUUGAAGACGUGGAUCGUCUGACACCUCUGGCUCAGAUGGAGAAGGUCCGCAUCCCACAUUUCAUGCAGGACCAGGAGAAAUAUGCUGAGCAGCUGACAAAGAUUAUGGUGGUCAAUCAGCUGACAGAUGAAGAGCUGAAGACCCUCAUCUAACCCAGUCCUCCUCCUCUUCCUCCUCUUCCUCCUCAGUCCCCCAAUAAAAGCUGCUGUGCUCAGCUCCUGCCUGCAUGCAUCACAUCACUAACGCAGCCCUCAUGCAUGGUAGCACAGCUGUGAAUUGUGCAGUGCUGUGGUGUUAAAUUCUAAGACUGAUCAGUCAGUUCAGUUUCUUAAUGCUGAGUCAGCGUUGGCCUGUUCAGUCCUCCCUGAUGAGGAACACGAACCCUCUAAAGGAAACCUCACUGGUGUUGUCUUCAGGUUUUGUUUUAUCACUGUACGUUUUAUAUCAAUACAGACAGACUGCAGUAUCAAUACCAAACAGACUUUUUCUCUGACCUGUAUUGAGUUUGGUGCCAAGUUUGUUUUUUCCCUCCUUUUUGUUAAAACUGCCUUGUAGAAGUUGGACUUUCCAAACCCUCUGUGCUGUCUUUCAGAGCGGAUCUGUUUUGGCCAAAUCUAGUUCUUUAUUCAUAAUCAAACUCUGAAAACCUUAUCAGUUCAGAUCAGUUUUAUAAUAAUUUAAGAUGUGAUCAGCUUAUUUUCUGUGGGUACUGUGCAGGAAAGGACAGACUUUUAAGAAAUAAUUAAAUCUCUGUUAUAAAGCAUUCAAACCACUCCCUCUCCAGUCCCACAGCUCAGAAUAAAAGCUUCUUAUAUUCACCAGUUUCAGAAGAUGUUUUGCUCCCACUCUGUCUUCAUGGUGUUGUUCAGGAAGAGAAACCUCACAGAUGGAUUCUAUUGGUGGAAAACUGGAGCUGUUUUAAUCCUCACCAUUUCUUCUCCAGACAAACUAAUAUCCACAUGUCCCAAACGGUCCACAGGACCUCAGACCCAACGGCUCCAUCCUUGUACUUCCUGCAGAAUUCCAGUUUGUCCUUUUUGUUUUUCUCAAACAGAAGUAACUUCUUGCUGUUCUCGUUACCACAAGUUGUCGCAAAGUCUUCACCUCACUGCGCAUGCCCUCAAACCCAUCUGCUGCCAGUGUUGAGCAAGUUCUGCUCUGGUGUCGUCACCACUUCUUCCUGGACACGUUUUGACACCUCAAAGCUUCUUCAGUGUAGUCGAAACUCUUGUUGAAGUUUGUGAUCAUGCUGAAAACUGCCAGCUGCCAUAUUUCUAGCAGCUCCUCGACCAUCUAAUGCAGAGAAGAGCAGCCUCUUCCAUCCUUGGAAUAAAGUCAGCUCAUUAUUUGGUGCCUGAGCAAAACCAAAGCAGGUUUUUGGCCAAAUCUGCUGAAGCUAAUUAAUAUCUUCUAAUUUAAUAUAUAUGCAUAUUCUGAUUACUCUGCAUCUGAAGUGGCAAAUGAACAAAUGUUGUUGUUUUUUUUUGUUUUUUUGCUUAAUUACAAAUUAAGCAGAGAGGUCCAUUUUUUAGACAGUGUUGGGUUUAAACAAGCCCAAAUUAUAUUGAAGUGCCCAUUAGGUUAGACUGAAAAGAACAGUUUUCUUUAGAAAAGGCUAAUAUUAAGAUUUUAAAUAUCCACGCAAAAUAACAUUUUCCUUCUCUUGAUCUGUCGCAUGAGAUCUGUCCCUUUUGCAAAGACAGACACUGUUCCCUGUAGUGACUCUGUUAGGUUAGAAACAGCUUUUGCUGGAGAGAAAGAUGAGAAGCUGAAGUGAUGUUCCAGGCCUCAUUCCAGCCACACCUGCUGCUGGAGAGGAACUCAUUCUGAAGUAAACAUUAUUUUUAAGACUGUUUAUGAUAAAUAUCUCCCUGAAGAUUGCCAUGAACUCACUUUCUGACCUGUAGUCUACCUUUUUAUCACUACCUGUAUGAGCUGCUAGAGUUGGUUUAACCUAAGCUAAGCUAACUAUUUUUUAGAAUGUUCUGUUUGGAUGUGUUUAUGAAAGAUUCUUUCAAUAAAGAAGACAAAAACA